GUGUUCCCAGGUGUUGGCGGAGCCGUCGCCGCCCUCCCUCCUUCUACCCUCACUAUCCUCCUCCUUGGUGAGUUAACUGGCUAAAUCACAGCGUCAAGGGUGCGGGGACUUACCGGGGUGUGUUUGAGGGUAGAUAGAGGAGCGGGAGAGGCGGGACGAGGAUAGAAAGCGAGAGGAAAAGGAAAGGUGAGGGUGGGAGAGGACGCCAUUUUAAGUGUUGGACUGAAUCAGCUGUUUUGUGGUCCGCGCCCAGCGAGGCCUACGCUCACACAGAGUGGUGACGCCUGUAGCCAUCGGAGCAACGUUGCAAUCACCAUCAUCACCAACACAGCCAGCAGCAGCGUUACUAAGCCUGGUGGAACACAGCAACUCACUGGCAACACUGCAGGUAUGGGUGGGCGUGUGAGGCUUGUCACGUGGUAUUCCUGACCUGACCUCCUGUUGGGUGACCACCACGGUAGUUGGUUGUGCAUCCUUUUGAGAGCACAGCCCGGCCCAGCCCAUCAGGUGCAGCAGUGGUUGGUGCAAGCCAGCUCCUGCGUGCGUGUGUGUGUGUGUGCGUGUGUGCGUGUGAGGGGAAGUAGCAGGUGUCUAAAAACAGAGGAGUGAGGCAGCCCAGCAGCUGCCCGCCCCAACCCCAUCCACAACUCUGGCAGGAGGAGAACAACAGGCUGACUAUGGUGGUUGUCUACUGAUGAAGGACAGGAAUAGGAAGAUUGACCGGAGGAUGGAGCGAGAGAGCAACCAGCUGGAGGCCGGACCCAUUCUGUGCCGCACUGGCUGUGGCUUCUUUGGGUCCCCAAACACUGAUGGGCUCUGCUCGAAGUGCUACAAGGAUGCUCUUAAGAAGAAACAGCAACCACCCUCCAGUGUGACCUCUCCCACCUCUCCGGCAGCAUCCAGCCCUGCCCCUCCAGCUGCCGCCCUCCACCAAACCCCAGCUGCUGCCACUACCACUGCUCAGCCAACAGUUCCCUCCCUUACACAGGUGGGUGGGGCAGCGGCGGAUAAGCGUGAAAGUGGGGAAGAGGGCGGGGCGUCUGCCUCGGAGGACGUGGACCCGGCCAGCCCAGACAAGGAUGCUGGCAAGAAGAAGAAAAACAAAUGCCAGAUGUGUAAGAAGAAGGUUGGGCUGACAGGGUUCACGUGCCGGUGUGAGGGCCUGUUCUGCUCCGUGCAUCGCUACAGCAACGAGCACCGCUGCACCUUCGACUACCGCGAGCAUGGGGCGGAAGAGAUAAGGCGGAACAACCCUGUCAUCAAGGGCGAGAAGAUCCAGAAGAUAUGAAGCAGAGGCUAGCGGGCCCUCCCCCCUCCCCCCCCUGGUGAUGACUGGACUGGCAAUGCCAGCUGGCCCAGCAGUGUUGAGACUUGGCAGGAUUUUUUUUAUUAUUAUUUUUCCUUGUUCUAUGAAUAUAUUUGAAAAAUAGGCCUAUUUGUACAGUGGGGUCAGCGCAGGGGCGGGCCGUCCGCAGGGCCGCGGCGGAGUUUUGAGUUGUGUUGGUUGGCUCUGCUGUGUUGUGUACGUGUGUGUGCGUGGGGCCGCCGCCCCGCACCGUGUCUAGCAUUACCUCAUCGCGUCACCACUCACCCCCUCGCCUCAUCGCUUCACCACAGUCAUCAUCACCGUCGUCGCCGCACCCUCGCGCAUCAUCACAUCCCAUGUCGUCUAGUUUGUAGGCGCCCCAGCCCGGGGACCUGUCGGUCCUAACUUGGUCCGUACGUCCUUGAGAGAUAUAAUAAAGUGGCGUUGUUCUUUCCGGAAGGGCGAGGGAAGGAAGCCGCUGGGGUAGACGUGGCUCCUGGGCCACGGCCUGCCUUACUCGGCCGUUGGAACCGUUGGCCUGGUCAGCUCCAGCGGCAGGCCGUCAUUAUGCACUGGGACUCACUUAGAGACGGACUCUCGCCUUUUGUACCGAGCGUAUUAAACCUACUAAAUACUGCAACAUUUGUAGUGGCUACGAAGAAUGACAACAGUGAGGUUUCCUUGUUUGUGUGAAUGGAGACUUACCUCUUACUAGGGCACCCGUGUCACUUUACCUUAACCAAACCACCGCCCGCCCUCGCCCCGACCGCGAGGGAUACUUGCCUUUUUUUUUUUUUUUUUUUUUUUUUUUUUUUUUUUUUUUAGAUUUCUCUUGUUUGUGUUUUAUUGCAGUAGUCGGUGCUUAUACAGAGUAGCGGACACGCUGGAACAUCAAUUUUAACGAAGAAUAAAGGUUUAACGUGGCAAGCUCCUUACAAAUGUUGCCUGAUGAAUGACAGCCAUGUUUGCUCCUUCCAUUUUAGUGUUUAGUUUAUCAUGCCAGUCGGUUGGCAUCUUGUUUGUGAGGAGUUUGUUUCUUUGCUUUAUAACUAUUCCCUCUUUGAUUACCAUUAUUAUCAAUAGUCAUUGUUACUAUAUACGAUUUGUAGUCAAAUAUGUCCUGGUGUGCUCAAUAAAUGGGUACAGCUAACUA